AUGGAGAUGACACAAUUUCAGAGAUUGCCUUGCCAUUAUUGCAAAUAUAAUCCAAACUCACCGCGGUUCGACCAAGCGUCUCCAAACCCUAAAUGUCCUCAAGGUCGACAAGAAGACUCCAGAAGAGAAGAGCCAAUAUCGAAUUUUAUCUUCCCGUUACAUACCAGCGAUUAUAAAAUAAAUUCUGAUCAUGAGCUGUUCUCAUCCCUUGAUAAUGUGAGCUGCUCUAUGAACCAUUGUUGCAGGAAUCGAAGUUCCAAUGCCAAAACGAGUGAUUACAAUGAUUAUAAUAUUGGACAAGUUCAAGAAUCAACAUCGAGAUCUUUCUCAGGAAUAAUCGACGUGUCGACUAAUCUCGACGAUAGACUCAACUUCGUGGACUUCGAGCUUUUUGAUUCUCAAUGCGAGCAAUGCGAUGAAUUUCAUGAAAUCUGGCUUGAUCCUUCCAUAUCUAUUGAUAGCUCGAAGCUAGAUCUCGAUAAUUGCCAGAGCUACAAAAGCUUCGAUACAUUUGAUACACCGAGAAGUUCUGAAAUCAGCUUGUAUCACGGAGACUUUUGUUCACCUCCUCCAAACUCUGUUACUAGCUCUUGGAAUGUGAGCAGUGAAUCCAUGACUUCACUUCCCACGAAUUAUCCAGGAGACUAUCUCGAAGUUUCAAAUUCUGAUUUCGUAGUCGGUGUUGGUCAGUGGAUGUGUGAAACGACGGUCGAGUCGAAUGAUCUAGAAGAUGAAUCCAAGAUUCUCCGAAAUACAAACAACAAUACCAACUCCAGAACUAAUAAAGCAAUCGACGAAACACCAGAUUCCUUCGAGCUCAUUUUCUAUGGCGUCGAAUGA